AUGAGGAUUGCAGGGUUUGGACUUUCGCUCUUGCUUGGUGCCUUCAUCCCUUCUUCGGAUGGAAACCGUUAUGUGCCUGAGGGUGUCGCUGCCCACAGAGAAGGAAAUGCGAGAGCAAAGCCAAAGAAGAUGGGUGUUAAGUCCCUGAGAGUGAGGAAGCCAGAAGACCUUGCUGAGUGCCGUCUGUGCCAAGGUUGCCACUCAUGGACUGUCACUCUGUGGUUCAUGGCUUGGACCCCCUACUUCAUCUUCAACUGGGGAGGCAUGUUCAACAAGCCCAUGGUUACUCCUCUUUUCUCCAUCUUGGGGCUCCGUCUUCGCCAAGGACAAACGCCGUCUACAACCCCCAUCGUGUACGGCCAUCAGCCACCCCAAGUACGUGCUGCCUUGAGAGAAGUUCCUUGCCUCUCCUUGCGCUUACUGAGGGCCGAGAUGGUGGUUCUGAUGUGGAUCCACUACCACUGCUCAACAAAGCCUGAGAAGACUGAAUCUGCUUAG